AUGACAUCCAAAUUGCACAUCUUCGACCCAGUAACAGACACUGAAAUAAGAACCACAGCGAAAUUGCUGAAGGAUCGGUACGGUGAGAGUCGUUUACAUUUCAUUCAGAUCGACCGUUUGGACCCCCCAAAAAAGCAAGCACUCCAAUAUUUGGACAUUGAACGUCACGGCCACGGAACCUUGCCUUACAUUCCCAGAAGAACGUAUGCGUAUUUUUAUCUCGACGACAAGAUGCCUUUGUACAAGGCGAUUGUCAACGUUUCGGACCGCAGGAUUGUCGCUUCUCAGGAGACCCCGGAGGGUACCGUGGGACCUUUACUUCCGGAUGAUGUUGCCGAACUUGAGGUCGCGGUGAUGAAGCAUCCGGUUGUGCUUGCGGAAAUCGCCAAACUGAAAUUGGACUCGGUCUCGUACGACCAUCCGAGAUUGGGGAAAAUCGGCUACGAAGUCGUUUGUGAGCCUUGGAUGUACGGUACAGACUCGCCUCACGACAAAAUCCCCAUGAUCCAGGCGUACAUGUACAUGAAACUGGCGCAUCCUGAGGCAAACCACUACUCGAUUCCACUACGGUUUUCCCCAGUUUUUGAAUACUUGACUCACAAAUUUGUGAGAAUGGAUUACUUGCCCGCCGGUGCUGACGAGAAAUUCGUUCAGGACACGUUGCCUUACGCGCCAUUGGGGACUGUCGAGUAUCAUCCAGAAGUCAUCGAGGACACUUCCGUUAGAGAAAACUUGAAGCCUCUCAUCAUUUCGCAGCCUGAAGGUGCGUCUUUCACCGUCGACGGCUCCAAAAUCACCUGGCAGGGCUGGGAAUUCCGCGUUGCGACAAACGUCAGAGAGGGUUUCGCCCUUUACGACGUAUUCUUUAAGGGUAGAUCUCUGUUUUACCGUGUUGCGUUGAACGAAAUGACCGUACCUUACGGUGACGGUAGACCUCCUUUCCACAGAAAGCAGGCCUUUGAUUUGGGAGACUGUGGAUUCGGAAACACUGCAAAUUCGCUCGCUUUGGGGUGUCACUGUCUCGGAGUCGUCAAAUACUUGGACACCAGAAGAGCUGACAACAAAGGUAACCCUGUCCUGAUCCCAUCUACCAUCUGUAUGCACGAGCAAGACUACGGUCUCUUGUAUGUGCACAAGAACUACAGAACGGACCACACAGUGACAACCAGAAGAAGAGAGUUUGUCAUUCAAACUAUCGCAACUGUGGCUAAUUACGAAUACAUUGUGAACUUAAUUUUCGAUCAAGCAGGUGCCAUCACCGUGCAAGUCAGAGCCACUGGUAUUUUGUCGACCAUGCCCAACGACGAAGGAAACGUCACUGAUUUCUCUACCAUUGUCGGACCCGGUGUGACGGCUCCUUUCCAUCAGCAUUUGUUGUCCUUCAGAUUCGACACUAGAAUUGACGGUGACAAUAACACCGUGGUCUACGACGAUUAUGUUCCUAUGGAAGAGAAUCUUGCGAUCAACAAAUACAAUGUAGGAUUCCGUCAGGAAAGAACCAUUAUGGAAAAAUCCGGUUUCGUUGAUCAGUCUCCAUUUACCAACAGAACUUAUAAAGUCAUCAAUGAGAAUUCUAUCAACCCAGUCACUUUGAAGCCUGUCGGGUACAAGUUCGAAAUGCCUGCCAAACAGAUGAUCAUUGCAUCGCCAGCGUCUUACAACGUCAAGAGAGCUACAUAUGCAACCAAGCAACUAUGGGUCACCAAAUACAAAGAUGACCAGCUAUACGCCGCGGGUGAAUUUACCAAUCAAUCUCAAGUCGAUUCAGGUCUUUCCGUCUGGGCAAACGGUGAAGACAGUGUAAGAAACACCGAUACAGUGGUUUGGGCAACUUUGGCGUUAACACACCCUCCUGUCACUGAGCAGUUCCCCGUCAUGACUUCAGAUUUCCUACAAUUCCUGGUUACUCCUGCAUCUUUCUUCACUAAAAACCCUGCUCUGGACGUUCCACUCGCCAACAACAAUUUUAACAAAUCAGUUUACUACGAAGAUGCUCAGAAGGCUGCUGGAUGUCCUUCCUCUUCUUCCUCGGCUGGCUCUUGUUGCAAGAGCAACGUUUAA